AACCCAUUUGAACAUCCCCAUCAUGGACUCCCUACUCCGCUCUCCAUACUUGCUCGCUCUCCUCGUUGCCCUCCCCACGUUGGCCCUUUUCCUCUCCAUCGCCAACAAGAGAGUUCCCAGAAAAUCGUCUCCCCGCAGCACUCCUCCAGGCCAAUUUGGAUGGCCUGUCCUAGGGGAAACCCUGGAGCUGCUCCGUGCGGGCCGGGAAGGGAGGCCCGGGAGCUUCCUGGAUGAGCGAGCCAAUAAGCACGGGCAGUGCGUCUUCGCCACUUCCCUCUUCGGCGAGCCGACUGCCGUGUUCUGCGGCGCUGCAGGGAACAAGUUCCUCUUCGGCAACGAGAACAGGAAGGUGGCCGUGUCAUGGCCCAGCUCCACGGUCAAGCUGCUCGGCUCAUGUAUAAUUACUCUGGCCGGCGACAAGGGAAAGGUGAUGAGGAGGAUGCUGAUGAGCGUUUUCAACCAUGAAGCGCUCGCGAAGUUCACCAAGGUCAUGGAUGAAGUCACUUGCAAUCAUAUCCAAGCUAAUUGGAAAGGCAAAGAAGAGGUGCUUGUGUACCCGACCAUCAAGCGCUACGUCUUCGAGCUCACGUGCCAGCUCUUCCUCAGCAUCCGUGACCCGCAAGAGAUUGCGGACCUCGCGCGCCCCUUCGCCACCUUCCUCGACGGUGCGUUUAGCAUCCCUGUCGACCUGCCGGGGACGAGAUUCCGUAGUGCGAAGAGGGCGGCAAGGUCCAUCAGGAAGAUGCUCCAGGAGAUCAUCAAGGAGAGGAGGACGGCCUUGGAGAAGGGGGCCGCGUCCCCGACGCAGGACCUGCUGUCCUACCUGAUGGUCACCGCGGACGAGAACGGCCGGUUCUUGACCGAGGCGGAGAUCAUCAACAACCUGCUCCUGCUCCUGGUCGCAAGCCACGACACUUCGAGCUGCGCCAUAACGAUGGUGAUCAAGUUCCUCGGAGAGCUGCCCCAUGUCUACGAGAAAGUUUUGGCUGAGCAGAGAGAGAUCACCAUGCAGAAGAAAUCAGCGGGAGAGGGAUUGACGAGAGAAGAUGUACAGAAGAUGCGAGAUUCAUGGAGUGUGGUUUUAGAGGUGAUGAGGCUCGUGCCACCUGCUCUUGGAGGUUUCAGAGUUGCCUUGGAGGAUUUCACCUUCUGCGGCUAUACCAUUCCCCGGGGAUGGAAGCUGAUGUGGAGUCCUCUCACGACGAACAACGAUCCCGCCAUAUUCCCGAGCCCGAAGCUCUUCGACACGGCCAGGUUCGCGAGGAGCACAUCGCCCGCCCCGUGUGCGUUCGUCCCGUUUGGCGGCGGCCCUCGGAUGUGUCUCGGCAAGGACUACGCUCAGCUUCAGAUCCUCGUCCUCCUCCACCACCUGGUGAACAACUUCCAAUGGACCAACGCAAUCCCGGACGAAAAGGUCAAGUUCGACCCAUUGCCAGUCCCAUCGCAAGGACUUCCGGUUCGCAUUCGGCCUCAUUAUGAUCGACCGUGAUGUCGAUUCGCAUCAGCGUGGUAUUUAAAGCUCGAGUACUUGUUUAGUUGGCAAUGUAACAUCUAUAAGCUUAAUCAGCAUAAAUAAUGUGUGCACGUUUCAGUCACUACCUUCACGAGCUCAUCUUGUGAUUGUGUCUGCGUUUUCGUGGUUUCAUUCUAUGGAAUAAUGGUUGACGGGUUUGUGUAGUUUGAAUUGUCCAUUUUGAGAUGAACAUGGGAAGGUGAUGGAUUGAGAAUGAUACUUGUGAUUAGA